AUGUCAGGAUCUUCUCUUGAAUCAUGGGCUGUCCCUCGACUUGCUAGACUCCUUCCGUUGGACGAGGAAUCUCUCAAACAGGUCAUAUCAUAUUCAUCCUCGCUUUCCAAAGACGAGUGUGCAGUGCAUUUGAGAAACCUGUUGGAUGAUUCCCCAGCAGCUCUUGAGUUUAUAUCUGCAUUUAAUUCACGACGUGGCAAGUCGGGGCAGCAGAGCAGCAAUAGCAGCAACGGCCAAGGAGGCAGGAGUGGACAGAUACCCAAGAAACUAGCAGGAACGAAAUCUCAGAGGGAUGCUUUGAAAUCUCCACCUACCACCAGGCAACCGGAAGGUUAUGGAGAUACCAGCGGCGGUUAUACUAAGCCGCAGCGGGAAGAGAACUAUAUGGCUAGUAGUAGCGCUGUGGUCAGAGGUGCUUCAGAGAGCAUAUCACCAGGAUCGUCAUCGAGAAACCCAUCACCAGCUCCCUCACAGUCGAGAAAUAGGCUGCCUCCAUCUGCUACUGGCCCCAUGAUAUCAGAAUAUCUACCAAACGUCCGGUCAAAAAAAGUUCCGAAGAAUUUUGGACAACAUAAUACUGCACCGUCAUCAUCGAGCAAUAACACUGCGCAGAAAAAGACUGGCCGUACAGCUACCAGCAACAACAACACUAGUACCACCACUACUACAAAUAAUAUAGCUGAUAUCACAUCUGCAAUUGCCGCGUUGGAAAUACUAACUUCAAAUCCUUCGAAAACCCAGGCACGCAAGUGUAACUGCAAUGCUUCCAUCCAUCCUCUCUUCGCGCCCGCACCAAACUGCACUUCGUGUGGGAAAAUAAUAUGUGCUCUGGAAGGCAUACAGCCCUGCUCAUUCUGCGGUACUCCAAUUCUCUCUAGCGAGGAGGUCGAAGAUAUGAUCCGGGAACUACGAUCUGAGCGUGGCAAUGAAAAGAUGCGAGCUCAUAACGACAGCUUCCGCCGGGAUGACCACGCCCCAGCUGUCACUCGACUAAGUAGCGAAAGCAACCAAAAGUUGACCGCUGCAAAGGCUCAUCGUGACAAGCUUCUUUCUUUCCAGGCACACAAUGCACAAAGAACUCGGAUUUUAGACGAGGCGGCUGAUUUCGACAUACCAACUUCGUCGUCGACACAGUGGAUGACCCCAGCCCAGAGAGCACUGGCGCUAAAGAAGCAACAGCGCAUGCUACGGGAACUGGAAGAGCAGUCCAAACCAGAGUGGGAGAAGAAGAAUGUAGUGAUGAGCCUGGAGGUGAAGAAAGGGAAACUCGUUAGGACGUACGAGAAAGCAGAGCAACCAAGGGUGGAAGAUACCGACCCUGAUGCAAACGCAGAAGAGGCAGUCGAGGAUACGACAGAGUCUCCUGGGCUAUCUGUAGAAGAGGGAACCUUCUCCAACAAUCCCUUGCUAAAGGGCGCCGGCCUGGUCAGGCCUACAUGGAAACCAUCCGGCGAAGGCAGCGACAAGCCUCCCGUACGAAGGAGAGAGCAGAAGCAGACCUGGAGACGAGUCCAGGAUGAUAACGACGACAACGAACAGUGGAUUCUUGACGGUGGUCUGCAUGGCAUCAACUUGCUUGUUAAUUAUUUCUUCUUCUUCUUCUUCUUCUCGUUGUUCUUCUUCUUCUUUAUGUCAAAGCGUGGGGGAUGCAACCGGUUUGAUCGCUUCCUGCAACGUCACUCUCUUCUCCUACCUCGCCGCUGGGCAAACUGGGGCCUAUCCUCAUCACCCUCCGGCCGCUGCGAUGUCAAUGGCCGCGCACAAGUGAUCAGGGACACGAAAAGACACCUAUUGGCCCUGCAACCACAGCAGGACAGGAACAACGAGCCAAUCUCUCUCGCCGCCUGGGGUUUUGCCUCGGGGCGUUUCCCACGGGUCCAGCCCGGGCCGCCCAAAGAAAACACUGGUAGGGCCGCAAGGCUCCCCACCACCACAGACAAAAAGCUGUCCAUAUUUAACAGCCUGAGCCCGUCACUUUACUACUUUGUCCUCCCCAUAAUACUCAUAAUAAUACAUCUUCUCCUUACGUCUACCGCCCCUGCUCUUCCCGCAGACGGCCCGAGCAUCCCCCGCGUGUCGUUCCUGAAGUCCUCGCCAUUGCUCUUCUUUCUCGCCUCUCGCCACAACACCCAACAGACACCACCCGAAUACCUGCGCCAGUGGUGCGAAAGCCCGUAUCUCCAAGGCCUGCUCGAUCCGGAACAGAUCUUUUCUAUUUGCCCCUCGAAGAUGGCUUCUGCGGUUCUGGAGGAAGCAAAGCGGAUUUCCGCGGGGUUUGAGUACUCUACGGAGGAGCUCAAUAAAGGGGUGGAGGAGUUUCUACGCGAGAUGGAGGUUGGACUGUCUCGAGAAGAUUCUGGGUUGAGCCAGAUCCCGUCGUAUAUUACUUCUGUGCCCGAUGGGACGGAGAAGGGCGUGUAUCUGGCAGUCGACCUUGGUGGUACCAACCUGAGAGUCUGUUCUGUCCACCUGCAUGGCAACUCCACCCAUGAGAUGAUACAAUCGAAAUCCGCCAUCCCCAGAGAGCUGAUGGUUGCCGAGCAUGGAGUGGAAUUGUUUAAUUUCCUAGCAAAGCAAAUUGAGGCAUUCCUGCGAGAGCAUCAUGCCGAGCAGUUCAGUUCCCACGUCGAGAAAAGGCAGACUGGAGAGAUUAAGGAGCCCUAUGCCGAAGAGCAAGUGUUUGACCUUGGGUUCACUUUCAGUUUCCCCGUCAUCCAGCAUGGAAUCAACAAGGGUAAACUAUAUCGAUGGACAAAGGGUUUUGACAUCCCUGAAGUGGUCGGUAAGGACAUCUGCCAGCUGUUACAGACAGCGAUUGAUGAGCUCAACCUGCCCGUUCGAGUUUCAGCCCUCAUCAAUGAUACCGUGGGAACGCUGAUGGCCCGGUCAUAUUGCUCUCCUGGAAACUCGAGGACACUAAUAGGUUCCAUCUUUGGCACGGGAACCAACGGAGCGUAUGUCGAGAAGAUGCCCCGCGUGACGAAAAUGGAACGGUGCAGCAGCAGCGCAUAUAAUAAGUCAGCUUCUGAGAUGGUGAUAAACGCUGAGUGGGGUAGCUUCGACAAUUCCCUCAAGGUGCUCCCAAACACUGAGUUUGAUAUCCAACUGGACAAUGCGACCUUCAAUCCUGGGAUCCAGAUGUUUGAAAAGCGGAUCUCGGGCAUGUUCCUCGGUGAAAUUCUUCGUCUUGCUAUUUUGUCGAUGGUGGAGAACCCUUCUGUCAGUCUGUUUGGUAGUCCGGCCACGAUUGACUCUAACUCGGUCCUUUAUCAGGCCUGGGCAAUCGAUGCUAGUAUUCUGAGCAUUAUUGAGGGCGAUGACUCGGAGGGCCUACAGGCCACAAAGGAGCAGCUACGCAAGGACCUUGGUAUCAUGGAUGUGAGCACCAGUGACUGCCAGGCCGUCAAGCUCCUGGCGCACUCUAUCGGCAAGCGUGCAGCACGACUGGGGGCUAUCGCCCUGGGCGCCAUCGUUAUCUCCAGCGGCCGGCUGGCAACAGAUGAGGUGGUUGAUAUCGGCGUUGACGGCAGCCUGAUCGAGCACUACCCCGGCUUCGAGGGCUAUAUUCGGGAAGCCUUUCGCGAGAUACCAGCCAUCGGACCGGCUGGAGAGAAGAAGAUUCGGAUCGGGAUUGCAAAGGACGGUAGCGGUGUAGGAGCAGCGCUAGGAGCCCUGGUGGCCAAGAAGACGUCUCAAACGCUGCAAGUCAUGCCGCCUAUCCGAGCAUGUCCACUCUCAAUGACGUAUAUAAUGCAAAAUAUCACCAUCAAGCUCACCAUCAAGCUCACUAUCAAACUCACUAUCAAGCUCACUAUCACCAUCUGUAGUUAG